AUGACUGCUAUCAAUGUAAUAGGAAUUGGCUUCGGAAUGAGGCAUCCGGUACGUGAGGACGUGAUGAGUGAGGAAGAGCUAAAGCAGAAGGCACAACGGGAUCUACAAACGGCCAAGGACCCCAUUGAACGUCUACGCUUGCAAUGUCUCGUUCGUGGAAAUGCUGGCAUCAAAUCGCUGGGCAGAUCAUUCCGUAUCAUGGACGACAAUGAAAACAAAACGCUGGAUUUGGAGGAAUUUCGAAAGGGACUUCGAGAUUUUGGCGUUACAAUGGACGAAGAGGAAGUGGAGAAAACUUUCAAGCAAUUAGACACUAACAACUCCGGCUCAAUUGAUUUCAACGAGUUUCUACUCGCCCUUAGGGUAGUUAAAUUUCAAUUAUGUGGACUACUGGAACAUUGUCGGAGCAACAUCCCCUAG